AUGCACGAAUAUAAGGGAGUUAGCGGUCUAGUGUUAUAUAGAAGUCUGUGCGGUGACCCCAGUCGAUGGAAGACAUUCGUCGGAAACAGGGACAACCCCGCUGACAUCGUGUCUAGAGGGGUGGAACCACAUCAACUAAUUGAUUCCACAUUAUGGUGGCAGGGUCCUGAUUGGAUAACUGAAGCCGAUGAAGAACGUCCCGAAUUGAAUAUACCUGUCGUAGCGGAGAUACCUGAAGAAAAAAGACGGACCUUGGCAUUCGCGGUAUUGUCGGAUGGGUUUAACAUUUUUGAAAGAUAUUCAUCCUUGACCAGAUUGAUUCACGUAAUAGCGUAUUGUGCUCGAUUUGCGCAUAAUACAAGAAACAAACUCGAAUCUCGGUAUGGACAGGUAACUGUUGCGGAGCGUAAUGAAUCACUGAUGAUCCUUAUAAAGUUGAUGCAACAAGAAACUUUUGGUCGCGAGCUAGCAGAUCUUACAAUUAGAUCCAAUCGCGAAAUUCAUCGCUCAAGUAAACUUCAUACAUUAAAUGUAUUUCUCGAUAAGAACAAUGUUAUUCGAGUAGGAGGUAGGUUAGAGCAUUCAGUUGUAUCAUUCUCCCGGAAACACCCUAUUGUCUUGCCUACUAAACAUAGAUUAACGGAAUUAAUCAUUCGUCAUGAACACUACAGGUUAUUACAUGCGGGUCCCCAGAUGUUAUUGGCAUCCAUUCGAAAUGCUUACUGGCCUCUUGCAGGCAGGAUAGCCAUCAAGCGAAUACUUAAAAGUUGCAUUGUCUGUUUCCGUAGCAAACCGAAAUCAUGUGACCAAUUAAUGGGAAAUUUACCGAGGGAUCGGGUAACUGUAGCACGUCCAUUUCUUAAAUGUGGCGUGGAUUAUGCGGGGCCUUUUAGCAUAAAAUUGGGACGGAAUAAGUCCACAAAGGCGUAUCUCUGUUUGUUUGUGUGCUUCACUAGUAAAGCUAUACAUUUGGAGCUGGCUGUCGAUCUCUCAACGAUGGCAUUCAUGAAUGCAUUCCGUAGAUUUAUUUCUCGUAGAGGCAUACCAUCUGAUUUAUACUCAGACAACGGGACUAAUUUUCAGGGAGCCUGUAAUAAAAUAGUAGAGCUCAAUAAAUUAGUGAAAAACAACGAGUAUCGAAGAGAGAUCGGGCAGUUUUUAGCAGCUCAAUCGAUACGUUGGCACUUUACUCCUCCAUACACUCCACAUUUUGGAGGUAUAUGGGAGGCAGGCGUCAAGUCUGUAAAGACUCAUUUGCGCAAAAUAAUGGGCGAAAGAUUAUUCACAUUUGAGGAACUCUACACGCUUCUCGCGUCAAUUGAGGCAUGUCUCAAUUCGCGGCCGUUAUGUCCUUUAUCCGUUGAUCCAUCUGAUUUGUUGGUGUUAACACCAGGACAUUUUUUAAUAGGGGAACCACUGACUGCGCUGCCUGAGCAUGAUCUAGCAGAUUUGGCAACCAAUAGAUUGAACAGAUAUCAAUUAUUGACACAAACAAAGUAA